AUGUCGGCCAAUAGAACUCGAUAUCUUCCCUCACAAGCUUACGAAAUCGCUGUGAGACUUUCAGCUUGGGCCGGUCUAGAUCGCCAGUCAAACCAUCAAACCUGCUUCUCUGCGCAACCUCCUCCUUUCAACCCACUUCUACGCGUCGAAAUGUCUGGUCUUGAGAUACCAGCUUUUAUCAUCGGCCUUGGCGGUCUGAUUUCUGUUUUUGAGAAGGGUUUUGAAGUAUGGCGCGUCAUCCGAAGAGCGGACGAUUUUGGAGAUGAUGUUGCGGAUUGGAUGUGCAAGUUGGAGAUGGAGUUCUUUCGGUUCCAGACGUGGUGGACUGCUUUGGAACACCUUGCGAUUUCGAAGAGGUCAUCGCAUUCUGUUCUCAAUGUGCCACUUCAGUCAUCGCCUUUACAGAUCACGCUAGAUAAGCAGUUCGGCAAGCCCAUUAUUGACGCUGCGACAAGCGUCUUGAGAUUACUCGAGAAGAUUGAGGAAAUACUACAACGAAAUGGUGUUUUGGUCGUCACGCAAGCUGAACCAGUUAUCACAGAUCAAGGCGCAGACCUCGCUGAGGCUGCAGCGAAAUCGCGACAGCGACUCAAGCGAUUCGCUAGUGACCUCUUGAAGCAUACACCGUGGACAACUCGGAUCAAACACAGCACCAGCCCAUGGAAAGAAGACUCCGACAAAACCGCACUUGAUGAUUCACUGGAGUCCAUGAUAUACUGGAACAACACUCUCUAUAGCAUACUGCCCCAAAAUAUUCGAGACAGCAUCCUUGAGCUCGGAAUUGCAGGUUACGCUUUGGACUCGCCAGACAAUAUCAAGGACAUCGUCAAUCUGUCUAAUGAUCGCAACACAACAUUAAGCCAAAGCGCUAAACUCAUGACUAUUCGACAGCGCUUCAAAGAUGGCGCGGGCUUGAGCGCUGAUGUGGAUGCUAUACUUCAGAAGAUGGAGCUCAAAGAGGCUGCAUUUGAAGGUCUUGUCGCUGCCGACGUCUUCAAGGGAUGUCAAUACACGAUCUCUCAGUACACAACUCAAGACGGUGAUGUUUCCCCAGUUCUCAUCGAAUGGAUACCCAUUCCAAAAGACUUCGACGCCUACAAACUGGCUCACUCUCGGAUGGCAAGAAUCUCGUAUACUUUACAGCAGAUCGGAACAUUUUCAGCAAUACAGCCCCUCCACGCGCUUGGAUUCGUUGAGUUUGGUGGUGCAAGGUCUUUUGGCCUUGUUUCGACUUUGCCUCGCACUCUUACAUCUUCUACAAAGGUCUAUACACUCUACGAUAUGCUAGCUGGUGGCCAAAAGUCGGCGGCGGGUAGUAAAUCAGUUUCACGAGUACAGCAUGCUCUUCCAAGUCUAAACCAACGGCUUCAGUUAGCAUCAAAGCUAGUCAUGGGCUUCUAUACCUUUCUUUUGACUCGAUGGCAUCACGAACGCUUCAAUUCCCUGCACAUAGCAUUUCUUCUUGACGAGGCAGACACAAAGUCAAAGGUCCUCGACCUGACUCAACCUAUCAUCGGAGGCUUCGCAAUUUCUCGGCCAGAUUCACCUGCUGAGCUUUCCAUCUCAGCGUCAGUUGAAGAUACUGAAGUUGUAUACUUGCAUCCCGACAUACGCCAACGUCUCAAAUUAGGAGCCAAACAGACUGGUAACGAACAGCGUUUCCAGCGCGUCCAUGACAUUUAUGCUAUCGGAUUGUUAUUAGCUGAGAUUGGCUACUGGCGACCCAUCGCAAAAGUCGCCGAGUCAGGAGCAAAGGGUUCAAGAGCAAACUCCAUGUCACCCGAGCACUUCAAAGAAGCCGUUAUCAAGAAAUGCAAAUCGGACUUGGCUUUCUUCGCUGGGGAGACUUACAGGGAUAUCACGCUGCGAUGCUUACUGGCUGGUGAGACGGGCGGGGUUCAGGCAGAAAACGACGCUGCUGGAUUGAACAACCUGUAUUGGGACGUUGGAAUAAAUCUUAUAACUAGCUAG